GUGCGCCUGCGCGGGGCGGCACGGAGCUGGAGACUGGGCGGCUUAGGCUGAGGAGGAGGAGGAGGAGGAGGCGGCGGCGGCGGCGGCGGCGGCGGUGGCGGUGGUGAUGGGGGCCGGCGGCGUGCUCCACUGUAGGUGCGCCAAGUGUUUCUGUUAUCCUGCAAAGCGAAGAAUCAGAAGAAGACCCCGAAACGUAACCAUCUUGAAUCUCCCUGAAGAUGUGCUCUUUCACAUCCUGAAAUGGCUUUCUGUCAGCGACAUCCUCGCUGUGCGAGCUGUGCACUCCCACCUGAAGUACCUGGUGGACAACCACGCCAGCGUGUGGGCAUGUGCCAGCUUCCAGGAGCUGUGGCCUUCCCCAAAGAACCUAAAGCUCUUUGAAAGGGCCGCUGAAAAGGGAAAUUUUGAAGCUGCUGUGAAGCUCGGCAUAGCCUACCUUUACAAUGAAGGCCUGUCUGUGUCUGAUGAGGCCCGGGCAGAAGUGAAUGGCCUGAAGGCCUCUCGCUUCUUUAACCUUGCUGAGCGGCUGAAUGUGGCUGCCGUGCCCUUCAUCUGGCUCUUCAUCCGCCCGCCGUGGUCAGUGUCCGGGAGCUGCUGCAAGGCCGUGGUUCACGAGAGCCUCAGGGCAGAGUGCCAGCUGCAGAAAACUCACAGAGCAUCCAUACUGCACUGCUUGGGGAGAGUGCUGAGUCUCUUCGAGGAUGUGGAGAAGAGGAAGCAGGCCCGUGACCUGUUUGAAGAGUCUGCUAAUCAGGGAUGUUUGUCCAGCUCGUACCUCCUCUGGGAAAGUGACAGAAAGACAGAUAUGUCAGAUCCUGGGCGAUGCCUCCACAGCUUCCGGAGACUCAGGGACUAUGCAGCCAAAGGCUGCUGGGAAGCGCAGCUGUCUUUAGCCAAAGCCUGCGCAAAUGGACACCAGCUUGGACUGGAAGCCAGAGUUGCCAACGAGAUAGUGAGCCAGCUCUUCCAGGCCUCCCAUCCCGUGGGCAAGCAGCAGGCCUUCUCCUUGCAGAGAGGCCUCAACGACACCAUGAGGUACAUUCUGAUCGACUGGCUGGUGGAAGUCGCCACCAUGAAGGACUUCACGAGCCUGUGCCUUCACCUGACUGUGGAGUGCGUGGACCGGUAUCUGCGGAGAAGGCCGGUGCCCCGGUACAGGCUCCAGCUGCUGGGCAUCGCCUGCAUGGUCAUCUGCACCCGGUUCAUCAGCAAAGAGAUCCUGACGAUCCGAGAGGCUGUGUGGCUCACGGACAACACGUACAAGUACGAAGACUUGGUGAGGAUGAUGGGGGAAAUCAUCUCAGCCCUGGAAGGGAGGAUACGAGUCCCCACUGUGGUCGAUUACAAAGAUGUCCUGCUGACGCUGGCCCCCAUGGCACCAAGAACCCAGCACCUGUGCAGCUUCCUUUGCGAGCUCUCCCUGCUGCACACCAGCCUGGCCGCCUAUGCCCCAGCCCACCUGGCUGCUGCCGCCCUACUGCUGGCGAGGCUGACGCAUGGGCAGACACAGCCCUGGACCACUCGGCUGUGGGACCUCACUGGGUUCUCCUAUGAAGACCUCAUACCCUGUGUCUUGAACCUUCAUCAAAAGUGCUUCCACGACGAUGCCCCCAAGGACUACCGGCAGGUUGCUCUGACUGCUGUGAAGCAGCGAUUCGAGGACAAACGCUAUGAAGAGAUCAGCCAGGAAGAGGUGCUGAGCUACAGCCAGCUCUGUGCAGCUCUAGGCGUGAAGCAGGAGAGCCCAGAGCCCACAUCCUUCCUCAGCUCAGGGGACAUCCACACCUUCCUCAGCUCUCCUGGGAGGAGAACCAAGCGGAAGCGGGAGAAUAGCCUGCAGGAGGACAGGGGCAGCUUCGUCACCACGCCCACCGCCGAGCUAUCCAGCCAGGAGGAGACACUGCUGGGCAGCUUCCUGGACUGGAGCCUGGACUGCUGCUCGGGCUACGAGGGUGACCAGGAGAGUGAGGGCGAGAAGGAGGGCGAUGGUGAGCUCUCACGGGGACAGGGAGCCCCCGCAGAGCCCCAGCCCCAGCACACCGCCCACUGGGAGGGAAGAGUGACGGCUCCCAGUGGCAUCCUUGAUGUCACUGUGGUCUACUUGAACCCAGAACAGCACUGCUGCCAGGAAUCAAGCGAUGAGGAUGAAGGACACCAGGACUCACAUGCCUCCGCAGCACACACCCAGAUGCCUCCAUCGCCAGGGCCCGUGCCCCUUCUCUGUGGCAGGAGGGAGCCGGGCAUGGACGUUAUGACCUCAGGGUACUCCUCCGUCAGUAGCUCGAGUCCCACAAACUCCGUGGACGGCGGCUUGGGGGGCCCUCCCCGAUCUACCUCAGUGCUCUCCCCAGGCAGCCACUCAAGCACACAGCCUUGCCACCAUCGUGCCAGGAAGUCAUGUUUACAUUGCCGGCCCCUGAGCUCCCCGGAGAGCAGCUUUCCCUGGCGACAGGUAAAGAAGAAAAACCUUUCUGUCCACAGUGAGUUGGAGGAAGACAUGAACUUGAGCUUCCUGAAGCUGUGUCAGGGCAUUUGCCACAAUGAAUGUUUACCGAGGCCGGAGGGCUGCUGCGCCGGCCGCAUGGGGGCGCUGGAGAGCGGUGCCUCCCCGUGCAGACCCUGCAGCAGCCUCUCCUGUCGCGAGAACAGGCACUAACUCCUUUCCCCGGGACCCACGCGAGCCGGCAGAAUAUCUGAAUCAAAACCAAAACUCAGAACCCUGUUGCUGGAAAGUUUACCCUCAGAGCAAUCAUGCCACACUGUGAAGCCAGUUUAUCUUGUUCCCUCCUGAGUCCCAUCCUGCUCUCUCCAGGAAGCUUCAGCCUAUGUCCUGACUUCCUCAGCCCCACUGAGCCCCACCUCAGGAGCCCCCAGGGUGCACAGUUGAGGACAGGGGAACCCAGGGAGCUGGGUUCUGCUCAUCCCUCCCUACAUCUAACUAGUUCUGGGUACAAGGGGAGCUGACAACUGUGAGCACACCACUGUCCCUGAGGACAUCUGCUCCCUUCCUCACUGGGCAGUGGGUUCUGUGGAGAGGGAGCCCAGCUCUGACCAUUGUUGUGGGCUCCACAUGGCCACCAAGCAGGAGCCCUCACUUUGCAGGCCAGCACCGGGAUGUCCUGGUCAUAGGCCUGUAUUCUCUGCUCAUUUGAGAAUCUUUAUCCCCUCCCAGAAUAAUUUGUCUCUGUCCGCAUAAACCUCUCUUUGCACUGAAUUCUGGGCUAUUUCUUUUCCUGUCUUUAUUCUCAUUCUUCUAAAAUGAAAACUAAAAUUAAAAAUAGAAGGUAUUAAAUUGAUGGUAAAAUUUUAAAUAUUAUUUUGGUUCAGCUGAAAAUAGAAAAUCUGAUUCAGGCUCCUCAAUGCUAUCCUAACAUUCUAUGCAAAAAGAAUUUUCCCAGAGAAGUUAGCCAGAAAAAAUUAUACAUCAUAUUUAACAUCUUGAGGUGACCAAGGUUUGAAAGAGCAAGAUUAAAAGGACCUGUCCCUGUCUGCUGGGUGAGCCUAGAUCUGCUCUGGGACCCCAGGAGCAAUGAGCCACAGACAUUCCAUGGGGCCAGGAGCCAGCCGGUCUGAGAGCUUCUGAAGGCUGACCCUGACCCCACAAAUGGCUGUAUCACCAACACACUCAUCUACUGGCAUAGUUCCUGUUUCCUCUCAUGUCAGAGAGAACUUCCUGGCGAGGAAUGUCCCCCAAAUGCUCUUUCCCCAGAACUGCAGGGACACGCUGACUCAGUGGCUUAUCUUGGUGCUUGUGUGUGUGAUGACAUCCCUGUGGGGGCCAUCUUUCUGCUUCUGUGGGAGAAUUCUGGCCAUCCUGGGCACAUGUCUGGGGUGAGGGGGACCCUGACACUGGAAUUGCAGACCUCUUGUUGACUGUGCCUCUGGGCAUGUGUGAGCCUCAGUUUACUCAUCUGUAAGGUGGGGCAAUAAUACCUACCUCACAGGGGUGUUGUGAGGAUUAAAUGUGAUAAAGAUGGUG